AUAUAAAGCCUGUUGGGUUUUCAAGCCGACUCGCAUCCAUCCAGGAGUUGUGUUGUACCGAGGUGGGAUCAUGAAGUGUCUCGUUGCUGUUCUGAUCUGCAUGGCGCUGGCUGAGGGAGUCAGAGUCCCUCUGCACAAGCAUAAGUCAAUGCGCCAGGCCCUGAGAGACAAAGGAAUUGUGCUGCCACGCCAAGAUCCAGGUCUCAAGUAUCAUCCCGAUGAGCUCAUUUCUGCAUCCAUGUACAUCAACAACUACGCUGAUACCACCUACUAUGGAGCCAUCAGUGUUGGAACACCCCCCCAGUCCUUCCAGGUGCUGUUUGACACCGGCUCUGCCAACCUGUGGGUGGACUCUGUCUACUGUAACACUCAGGCCUGCAACACACACAAGAAGUUCAAUCCUCAGCAGUCCUCCACCUUCACUGCAAGGCGUCAGUCCUUCUACCUGCCCUACGGAGCCGGAAGCCUCAACGGAGUCUUUGGAUAUGACAACGUCAACGUUGGCGGCAUCGAAAUCACUAACCAGGAAAUCGGUCUGAGCACCAAUGAGCCCGGUGAGAACUUUGUGGUGGCCCCGUUUGACGGCAUCCUCGGCCUGUCUUAUCCAUCCAUCUCAGCUGGAGGACAAACACCCGUCAUGGACAACAUGAUCGCCAAGAACCUGCUGAAUGCCGACAUCUUUGCUUUCUACCUGUCUAGGAAUGAACAGCAGGGUAGCGUGCUCUCUUUUGGAGAGGUGGACAACAGUUUGUUCCAGGGCCAGAUCUACUGGACCCCUGUCGCCUCUGAGACCUACUGGGAGAUUGGCGUGGAAGGAUUCCAGAUUAACGGGCAGGAGACUGGCUGGUGCUCGCAGGGCUGCCAGUCCGUUGUGGACACUGGAACCUCCACGCUGACGGCCCCACAGCAGUAUCUGGGUAGCAUCAUGCAGGCUAUUGGAGCCCAGCAGAACCAGUAUGGAGAGUAUACGGUGGACUGCAGCCAGAUCAACAACAUGCCAACUUUCAGCUUUGUCAUCAGCGGUGUUUCCUUCCCUCUGCCUCCUUCUGCUUAUAUCACCCAGCAAAACCAGAAUGGAUACCAGUCCUGCUCUGUGGGCAUCACCCCCACCUACCUGCCCUCUUCUAACGGCCAACCCAUGUGGAUCUUUGGAGACGUGUUCCUCAGAGAGUACUACUCCGUGUACGACCGCACCAACAACCGACUUGGUUUUGCUUCAGCCGUCUAAAUGGCAUCAGUGGAACCUCACCGUGAACCUGAUCAGAUAAUAAGUUUGUGUGCUCCAUCUUAACAUCAUCACGUGGAUGAUUUCCAACAAUCACACUGGACAAACUGGCUUUAAUUGUUUAACAUACUUGUCAUUGUAAACUGCAAUACAAAAUUAAGUCUUUCACAUCUUCAGACUGAUACAUACUGAAGCUAUUGUGGCUGGAGUUUCAUAUUCAAAACUGAGAAAAGUUAAGUGUGUC